AGAUUUGGUUUGUGAUCUGUCCAUUCCCGCAUUCUCCACGCUGGUUAACGAUGUUCAGGUGAACCAAUGUCUUCGCAAAUCACCGCUAGUCGCCCUCAAUGCUCGUGAAGUCCCUCUGAUAUCUCUAAGCGUGGACGCAACGUCACGUCCGUACUUGAACUUGAAUCCUAUCCCAUUCUACGGAGGCAACCCAAGCCACACACACGCGGGGUCCCUCAAGCACUCCGGAGCCUACCACAGUGAAAGAAGAGGAAGACAUUAAGAAACAUUGGACCACUGCUGGUUUGAAGUGAAGAAGAAGGAUGUGUCUGACUCUUAUCUUUUGUCUCCCUCUCAACUAACACAAAUAGUUGCCAAUGCCGUUUUGUGCGCCGAUGCCAAUACGCGCAAGAGGACUGUUGGCAGGGGUCAUUAUCUUCAAGCAGAAAAACCAAGGACUCCACAUAGUUAGCGAGGUUCGACCAUUAUAGUUUCAUUAGUAUCAAAGAUUAAUGAAAAGAAGAGGUAUAUCAUUGAAUACUCGGUCUCUCACCGGUCGGAGAGUGGUAUGCACCGUACCCUAUCUGUCAGCGAGUCGCAUAGGAAGGCAUCAAGCUCGGAAUUGUCGAUAACGAAUUCGCAAUUUUUCACAAAAACUUAAUCCGCUUGAGAAAACGCAGAGUUCAACGAUUGCACAGGCGCACGUGAAUAAUAAAGGACGAUUUGGCUGCAUCUCAGGUGUUUCACGGGCUCAAGAGGUGACAGGAGACGGACAACUGACCGAUCCGCGUGCUUCUCAUCCUGCCUUUCAGCUCACACAAACGCAUAGGCGGCACUGUUUGAACUUCAGUUGCAUUAACCAGAAGUUACGUUUGGGGGAAUUGAGAAAAAGUUAAAUUAUUGGUUAUCAGAGAACAAUCACCACGGUGCGAGCCGACUCCAAGUGUUGUUCACCGGGCGAUGCCAGAGUAAAUGCCGGGGCCAUGUCCCGUCGCAAGCAAGGGAACCCGCAGCACUUAUCGUUGUCACUGAGAGAAACAAUACGGCCCGAGGCCAACCAUGAGUCAGCGGCAGGAUCCGUGUCUCCGGCACCGUCCAAUCCCAGCCCUAGGUGGGUGGGGCCUGGCGAGCAUGACCUGCUGACCUGCGGCCAGUGCCAGACCAACUUCCCCCUGGGAGACAUCCUGGUCUUCAUCGAGCACAAGAGGAGGCUGUGCCGCGGAGCUGCGGGCCCUCCAGGGUGCUUCACCAAGCCGGGGGAGAACGGCAGCUCCGUCUCCCCCAGGGGGAGGCUGGUGCUGGGCAGGGGGGCCGUGCCUGUGGAGGUGGGUAUCCAGGUGACGCCCGGCGGAGAGGAGGAGGAGAGGAGGAUGACCCCCGCCAAAGGAAUCUGCCCCAAGCAGGAGAGGGGGAACGCAGGUAGGGGCACCGCCUUUUACUAGGGGGAGGAGGGGAGAGGAAUGAGGCGUUGCUGAAAGCUCAGAGGUGAACAGUUACACGUGGAUUGUACAGUCAACGGCAGUGUGAUUUUCGUCGCUCAAAUUCCUACAGCACACACACAUGGACACACACA